GGAACGCCACUGAGAAUCGACACAACAACCGGUGUUCCUAAAUCUUCAAGAAUGUAUUUCAAUUUUCUACGGUUGGCAGCGCGAUCGUUAGCAAUACGCAAUUUCAAACUGCCGCGAAAAUAGUUAGCCAAAAAGUGUGUGAUUCGUUCCGAUAUUGUUCCUCGUCGGCACAUCUCGACACUUCUCAUUAAAAAUUAUUACACAUUUUUGAAUUACCGCGUACCGGAAACACCGCUGUUUCGCCGGUUUCGUUCGCCUGUGCGAAGACAUGUCAAGACAGACGCCGAAACAAUAUCGAAACAAUGAUAUGAAAGUUCGGAACCGGUUGUUGCAAAUUGCAGCUGCGCGCGUAUAAGAAAGUGAGUUUGCGGGAAAAUUUUUGGCGAGAACAAGAAUCAAAGAUGGUGAAAGUGAAAUAAAUUGGGAUCGAUUAAUGUUGAUUCCCGGUCACAUCGUUUUUGGAAGCAACACGAUACAAUUUCGGAACAACAGGAAGUAGGCAGCAGAUGUUUUGUAUCGUCGCGUUUCGAUCUUUGCCUAACAUGUGCAACGUCGCGUCACGUUUUUUGUGUACAUAGUUCGAAAUAUUGCAAUCGGAGGAAGCGGUAACAUGUCCGCGAGAACUGAUCCUUCAAAUCGACGCACAAAAUCUGCAAUCGAUAGAAAAUUGUCCGCAAAAUUAUCGCAAAAGACGCGAUCUUCGAACGACGGGAAUCUUGUUAGAAAUUUCGCGACAAAGUCACGGGGUGCUUGCGAGCGUCGUCGGUUUCUUUUGCGGAAGGAAGAUCGUAGAAACGCGGAAUCGCGCGACAACGCGAGACGUAAGGACUGUUUGUCUGACGAGAUCGGCUUUGUUAGCGCGGACAACGAUGAUCCGAUUCGCAUUUUACGGAAGGAGAUACACAAUUGGAAAGUGUCAAAACAAUCGACGAAUGAACUUGAAUGCGAGCAUCGCGCUGCCAAAACGGAAAAUUGUUUUUCUCAAGAAUCUAACAACGAUCGAACUUCAACGAAAACUUUGCCGGACUUAAACGCUGUUCCCGAAUUACCGAGUUCCGUUGUCACCAACCACUUAACACGGCGCACGGAAAUUUCAAGUUCUUCGGAGUCGUGCGACGAUCACACUUGUUCGGCAACGUCUCCGAACGAGAUGACUUCCGCUCGCACGUGUUAUUGUAAACAAGAGGAAAAUUUUGCGGCACGCAAAAAGGAUAACAACUGCGGAUUACGAAACGGAAAUCAAUGUUUUACAUCCGUCGCAUCCAGAACCUCGACGAUCAAGAAUGAAAAUAGCGGAGAAUCGUCAAGAAGAGGAAGAAGCUUCACUGAUGAGAAAACGUCGAACAGAAGUCGAUCGGUGGAAGCGCAAUCUUCCGGUCCGGUUCUAAGUCCCGAAACGUCGAUCGCGCUUGAAAAUGCCGAGAAAAUUAUCAACAACGCGAAGAUGCAACUUGUGGAAGUCUGCGCGAUGUCAAAUUGCCUCAAUUCUUUACGAUCGACUAGAAACAUAUAUUCGGAUGAUCCGCCGUUGGACGACGAAACGGAAGAGCUGUUGUACAUCCGCGAGUUGGUGGCGACAAAAUUUCAAGAAGCGAGCUCCAUCAAAUCGGACGCUAACAGCAACCAAGCAAACAGCGCACGAUCGGAAAAACCACCUUCUCGAGUUAGCGCUCAGGUUGAUUUAUCGGCGUCUAAAUUUCGAAUGUCACGUAGACACGGCGACUGGAAAUCGAACCUGCUGGAACACAAGAGCGACGAUCGCGUCUCACCGUCGAGGAACAAUUGUUCGUCAACAAAAGAACCGAGCAAGAAAGAAGAAACGAUCUCGCGCGACAAUCACGCGUCCGAUUAUCAUCAGCGAGAGUCAUCGGCGGCCGAAUGCGGCGUUCGUGCGCGCGGAGCCGCGUGCAGAAUCCAAAUGGGACCGUCGGUGAGCAUCGUCGCCGAUCACAGAUUAACGAAACAGAACCUGGAAGACGUGCACAUAUCGCCGUGUCCGUUCUUGCCGCAGAAUACGGCCACUUACACGCUUUGCCACGACGUCGAUGAGAAAUCCAUCGGCAGAAAAGCGAACGAGACGGAAACGUCGAGGGAAUUGAAAUCUUCGAGCGCGGAAUUAGAUUCUUUGCAGCGAAAAAAACGCGAAAGACUGACUGAGGCAACGAAUGGCUCUUUGAUCAAGCCGUCAAAGAGCGUUGAAGAUGUGGCACACGUUGGAAAUUUCAAUCCCGAACAGAUAGAGUCGUCGGAGUCUCGUGAUUACGGAAAAAAGAAAAAAAAUCAAAAACUCGGUUCGCAGAACGUCAAAGACAAAAUAUCAAAUCGGGAAACAAUGGUUUCUGACGCAAGUGAAAAACCAGAUACGGGUGACGAGGAACAGAAGCCGCGAAAUGAAAAACAAAUGAAAAUUAUUGCCAGCGAUGAUAUCGAUAAUCGUUGCGCGGAAAAUGAGGAAAUAUUCAACAAUACGAGCGAUAUCGACGAGCGAGAUGCACGACUGCAGAAAGAAAAAAGAGAUAUCGCGGACAAGGAAAUGUGGAAAAAUCGAAGGUUUUAUCGCAUUACUGACGAACACUUGACCAACACGUUUGAUAGUCAGAACGGGCAGGAGAAAUUGCGCGACAAUGUUAACAAGGACACAACACGUCGUCAAUCUCCCAUUUUCGAGUAUCGAAACAAUUUCCAAUGGGAGAUGGACGAUUCGAACGAUCUCGCCGAUCUGUACCGACCGCGAUUCGACAACUUGAAUUCCGUUUUGCUGUCGAACGACAGGAAGCUCCGUCACGUCGCUCGCGCGACAAAGACUUUUGCGGAAUUGUUAUCGAGGCCCGAAUUCGCGAAACUCAAGGCGGACGUUGCAACUCAAUCGGGACGUUGCGAGAAAUUUUAUCGCGAGCCGUUUGCUGAUAAGAAUUGCAAAUCACUGUUGAAUCGGGUUACGUCGUCUUCGGAGAUCGAGUUAAAAAACGAGGACCUGACUGUUGCGUCGCAUCUUGAAACUAACGCGAACGACGCGCAGCGAACGAAAUCGUCAGAUUGUCCGACGUCGAACAACGAUCGUACGAAGAACUCCGUUGAAUCCAGCGUGUAUCCUGAAUCGGACGGAAGCGAAGCUUUGAGGAUAUUUCGCGAUAACACGAUUCAGACGAAACCCGCGCCUUCGUCGGAAUCGUCGUCGGACAUUGCGACAUUGUUCUCCAACCUAGACCCCGCUUUAUCCAGCACGCACACGCAAGCGUGUCGUCACGGGGAGAGGCGGAUUGUUCGAACCAAUCAAUCCGCAGAUACGAAGUUACGUGCUGCAAAUGUGAAUGAAUUCUCAGAGAACAGAGUUCAUUGGAACGACCACUCGGAUAACGAUGACGUGUCCUUCGCACGUGUUUUCCAAGGUCUGAGAGAUACGUCCGAGGCGACCGAUCGGUUUGUCGCUUAUAUCCUGCAGGACGAGAGCCACAGCAUCGAGAAGAAAAUCAGACACGCUUUGAGGGAAUCGGCGAUCGUGCCGGCAACAAUACGCAAGCUACUGAAUCGUUUGUCCGAAUCGGUCCGCACCACGUGUCAAACGGAAACUUUAAAUAUUCUGAAAACUAUCUUGAGCGAUGUUCAAGAUUGUACUGAUCAGAAGGUCAUCAGUAAAGCAAGCAAUGACAAGAAACAAUCUUCCCAAAACGUUCCCGAUCUUGCCGAACACGACGAUUCUGAACGUUUUUUCGAUGAACGUUCGUCUGAUACGGGAAAAAAUGAGAGAAAUACGGAAACCGCAAACAUAAUAGAACCCGUGAAGACUGACGUUAAAAAUGAAUCUGAUAAAAGUAUCGAUGAGGAAAACGAGAAGGAUGAUAAGAAAACACAUUCCGAGAACGUCAUCGAUCCUUUCGUUCAAGCGAAUCGCGCGAUUAAAGAGCCGAUUCUGCGAAUCCAAGGUGCGGAAGAUAAUAAUAAUAACGCGAGCGAGCAAAUUUCGAGGGAAAGUCGUCGGGAUUUAAAAAAUCCCGAUAAAUAUCCGCGUGAUUUUUCGGAAAUUCGAGGAGAAGAGACAGCGGAGAGCGCUCCGCUUUCCGAGUCCGGGAGCGGCAACAAGAGCAAAGAGAAUUUGCAUUCGGAGGCUGAGUCGUUGAGGCAAAUCUCCGAUAUUCACAGCGACGAUGACGAUAUCGGAGAUUUGCAAAAUUCAAAGACCACGAACGAAGAGCGUAAAUCGAAGUCCAAUCACGAUCUGACCACAACGGAUACAAAUCAAGAACGACACAAAGAUAAACCGAGUGACGUUCGAAACAAUAAAAAUUCUAUUCGCGGAGACGAGUUUACGGAUAAAAACAGUGUACAAACUUUCGCGAUCGAUACGAACAAAGAUACGUCUGUUGCUGUUCUGAAAGAAGCAGCGAUUGAAAAAGAGCAGCACUCUGGCAGCGUGUCGAUGCAGAACAAAAUCGGCGGAGACGAAAUUACGGAAGCUUCGGAGAAGCAACUCGAUUCCAUCGGUACAAAAAUCGUCGAUGAAAAUUCAACGAGGAAAGACGCAAGUUUUCCGUUGUCGGCAACAAAAGAUGUCGAAAUUGCAAAAAACAAUAAUAAUUUGCAACAAUCUGCGAUUGCGACACAAACAAGCGAUUGUUCGACCAGUUGUUGCUCUGUGCGAAACAGCGUAUCGAACGUAAAAAAUAAAAAACCGUUGUUGAAAGAAGUUUCGUCGCGCGAUGAGCAAACUUGUUUCAACAUCGCUGGGAAGAGCAAUUCGACGGAGAACACGAAGUUGUUGAAAGGCGACGAGCCGAAAGAUGAAAAGGAAAAUGCAGAAAGCAGCGACGACCAGACGACGAACACAUUGUCAAAGGGUCAAGUAAACCAGCUGUCCGUCUCGAAUUCCAGCGUCAGCAACGCGCUUCUUGAUCCCGAUGACAGGUCUAAGAGCAGCGGCGCGUUUAAUGCAAUUACGAAGAGUAUCGAAACCUCGGUCGAAACGUCUCAUUCCGAAGGGGAGCUGUACAUGCCGAGUUCGUGCUCUUAUUCUCUCGGAGAAGUGAGAAUUCUGAAGAAAUCCGAUUUAAUUGCAAAUAGCACGACGGAUCGUGAGAACAGCGCGAUGUUUCUUGUUACUAAGAGUAUGUUAACGUCAUUAAACGAUUCCACAAUGUCCUUAUCAGAAAGUUCCAGCCACGUUUAAGUGAUCAUCAAAAGUUUAACAACAAAAACUCGAUCUUUACGUUCGCGUUUUUCUUUCUUUCUCUCAAUUUUCCACUGACAUUUUCUCAAUUUAUAAAUUUGAUUUAAAAAAAUUUUCAAUAAAAUGAUAUUAUUGCACAAGUGUGAACAAAUAAAGUUUUAAUUAUUCAAGUUUAACAAACGUAUAGACAGUACUUGUGAACAACGUUUCUUUUAUAAACUCAUUAAAAAAAUUACGAAUCAAGAGUUAAAAGUUAAUCUCUAAUUAGAAAAUAAUUAGAAAAGUAUUAAAAAAUUAAAAUAACUUUAAAGUGAGCCAUUUCAAUUUGUAACUGUAAAACUAUUUUUUAAGAAUGUGACACGUAAAUUUUUAAACUUGCCACAUUACUCACUGUAUAAAUA